AUGAGUAAACAUGAGCGUCGUAAACCUGCGUGCCGGUGGCGGUGUGAGUACUCUACUGACGGAGUGGGUGGGUUUUGGCGUGUUGACAAACUGCUAAAGGAAAAGAUGUUGAAGGAACGUUUUGGAGAUUGGAAAACUUCUUUUCGCUACAUUCCGCGGGUCUUGGAACGGUUCAAAGAGAUAGACCCAGAUUCAACGCUCGACCUGGUGACAAAGGAUCACGCUUUCUUCCGGGCUUUUGUCGCCCCAUCGGCGUCACGAACAGCUCUAAGGUUCUGUCGACCAGUCAUUGGUAUGGAUGGUACAUUUCUCAUUCGUGCGCAGCGGGCCACGCUCUUGGUAGCAGCUGCUAAGGAUGGAAAUAACCAGCUUGUUCCACUUGCUUAUGGCCUGUGCGAGAGUGAGAACAAAGAUAGUUGGAUGUGGUUUUGUGCGAACUUGUUGAAGCAUUUUCCGUCGUGGCCGGACACCCAGGAUGCCUCCCUCAUCAGCGAUCGUGACAAGGGGUUAAUACCGGCGGUUAAAGAAGUUUUCCCAUCCCAGUUCCCCCACUACUUUUGCAGCUGGCACUUGGAGCAGAAUGUGCUCAAGUUUGGCCCUAACGCCUCCGAACUCUUCAAGAAGCUCGCCAACUGCCGCACCAAGCGGAAGUUUGGCAAACUCGUGAGGAGAUGCCGGGCCGAAUGUGCUGGAAUGGCUAACUAUCUCUUUGGGGUCGAGGAGACUAGUGCGCAGCAGACCCGCGGCGGACGCGGGGCCAACCAGCGUGCACGGGAGCCAGGGGCAGGGGAUGGGUUUGGAAGCCGCACGGGUGCCGCAAGAAGAGCGAGAAUGGCAAGGAUGGAAGUGCGGCAGCAAAUGAGGAGUGGUCGCAGGGGACAGCAGCAGGCACCAUCACAGCAGGCACCAUCACAGCAGGCACCUUCUCAGCAGACACCAUCUGAGCAACGACCAUUUCAGCAGCCACCAUCUCAGCAAACACCAUCAAAUCAGAGAAGGGUACAUCAGCAUUCAACUCAGCAGCAACCAUCCCAGCAGCCAUCAUCCCAGCAGCAGCCAUCUCAGCAGCAACCAUCUCAGACGCCCCAUAUGGACCAUGGGUUCGGACCCAUGCCAACUGCAAAUCUUACCCGUGACCGCCCUAGUGACAUGCAGCCUCAAUCUACGGCUGCUGACAACGUGCAUCCACUUGAACGUGUCACAGCAACCACGUCCGAGCACCCUUCUUUGGCAGGCGAGAAUGCAAGAGAUAGAGCUACAACCAUAUCCGAUAGUGAGGCCGAGGCAGAUACCACAGAAGAAGUGUUCAAGGAGCACUUUGACGUGGAGGAUGGGAGCCAAAUCAGCUGCGGGGAGGAGCCGGGGCCUGAUGAGGAUGAGGAGCGUGCAGACAUGGGUCACGGCUCCCAAUCCACCAAUACUGCAACUCAUCCUCUAUCCACCACAACAGCGCAACAAGCGGCCAUGAGACGCCAACGGCGGAUGGAAAUUAUCAGGGGAAGGCGGAAUGCAAGAGAGGCAGGUGCAAGAGGGCGGGAACGAGCCGGAACACCAGUAGCACGGCUGCCAACGCAAGGGAGCCAAAGUGCGCGUCAGCCAACACCGCAGCAGGGUGUUACGACAGACAUGGGUCGGGCCAACGACGCCGCAGAGGCCACGGACGUCAACCACACUGUAGAAACGGGACUGGGGGGCUUGGGCAAUGCGGAUGCUGAGCGGGUGGACAGUGACACCAUGGAGGAAGGGGCGGCCAUUAUUGUGCGCACGGGCCAGGAUGGACCGAGAAACAAGAGGAGGAAAAAAAACACAGUAUUCAUCAAGCAAUGGGCACGGUGUUAUGCCCCCACAUGUCGGUUUGGCAUCUACAGCAGCCAGAUGGUGGAGUCCAUCAACAACGCCAUUAAGAAGAUCCGCAUCUUGCCGGUAUUGGAAGACGAACAACUGGAGAAGGACGUACUCGGCGCUCAUUCCGUAUUCGUGUAUAGACACGGUCAUUGCGGAGACCAAGCCCGUUGA